UUUAAAAAGCUCUAUUAAGAACACCAAUUAUGCAUUAUUAUACAAUCCUCCUUUCCAUUUAAUUCUUUUCUCCACAUUCUCUUCAGUAAUGCUCUAUCUGCUCUAAAUCAGCAUGGAUGACGUUCCUAGUCGCCGUGAGCUAAUGAUAUGCCGCUUCCAAGGCUGAACUUUUACAUCUAGAUGAGGAUGUAAACGGCCACACGCUUAUGACGUUGUUAGAGUCUGCUCCUCCUCUCUCUCCUUGAGCACAGGGCUUUGAAAAGUCUCCAUUGAGAUGAUGGUACAUAAAUAUAAGCUGAUAGACAUAUUUGGACCAGCAUCUUUACCAUCUACAGACAAGCCAAACCUCCAGAACCCACCAGUCAACUCUACAGCUUGAUCAUACAUCAUGCAACGGCUACAGAUUCUCGGGCUCCUAAGUAUUUUUCUGCUGGUGUGGGACCCCAGCCAAAGCAGUUCAAUUCCAGCACAGUGUGUGGAACACACCUACUGCUCAUCCACACUGAAAGAAUAUCACACAAACCUCAUCAACCUGCCCAGCAGAAUCAAUGAGCGCAGCGUGGCCACAUGGGACUAUGUAGAGAAUAUUGACUUGAAACGAGUGCCACAGAUCAUCUAUGAAGCCAGCUGUCGAAACAGUGACUCCUGUAAAGGCAUGGAAGACUCUUCAAGUCUGGAGAGCAUACCUAUUGCAAUCAAAAUGCCAUUUCUCAGAAAUAACCCAAGAUGCCCAACUUAUGCACUGGAAUUUGAGGACGUCAACAUCGCCUGUAUAUGUGCCACAUCCCGACAGAACUAGAGCCAGGACUCAGCAUUUACCCACUAGAUAAAUAAUAUAUAAUUAGAAUUCUAAGUAAUGUUUGUGUUAAUAUAGCUUCAUGCCUGCCACAAAGACGUCUAUGCUUAUUUAUACAUAAAAACAUAACAUCAACACAUACGACCAAAAUAUUGUUGCUUGUCAAUGUGAAAUAAUAAAAAGGUUUUGUAACAAAAAUGUUGCAAUAUUUUCCUCUUACUGUUUUAGAGUAAACAAAUGUUUACAGACAUCCAAGCAAACUCUGAACACCUCCAGUCUAUUAUACAGAAGUUUCAAGACUUUUGCAACAUCAAAAUAGUCAAGUAAG